AUGUCUUCCUCUGAAACCCUUCCACUUCCUUCACUCUUGGUCUUUGGGCCGCAAACGGAGUUGCCGUCGGAUGAAGUCAUUUCAAAUUUGCGCCAGGAGCUUCUCACAAACCCUCACUUGCAAGGGCUGAAGGAUGCUGUCGUCGCCCUGCCCGAGUUUUGGCAAAGGUUGAUAGACUUUGACUCGGAUCUACACACAGUCCCGGGACACAGAUACCUGAGUCAAUUGAGGAAUUGGCUCCAAGAUGGUAGUUCCUUCGCUGAUAGGGCAAGCGAUGUGCCAAAUCACUUUGCCCUUCCUAUCACUGUUCUGUUACAAAUCGUCCAGUACACAACCUAUCUGGACCAACUAGGCAAUGAUGCCCAAUCCCAGAUUCUCGAGAGCAUUAAGCAUGGUGGCAUUCAAGGCUUUUGUACAGGUUUCUUGAGUGCCACUGCGGUAGCUUUUUCCGCCAACCAAGUGGCAUUCGGGGAUGCUGCUGCUGUUGCCCUCCGUCUUGCUGUAGCUAUCGGAGCUUAUGUCGACCAAGACGGCCAAUAUUCUACAAAGUCUACAGAAUACUCCACACUGGCAGUACGAUGGAGAGAAGAAAAGUCAGAGGGCCAAAGCGAGGUCGAAAAGCUACUUCUGUACUUUCAAGAUGCAUACAUUUCUAGCAUCAACGAUGAGACGAGUGUCACUGUCACUAUCAAAGCUAGUGAUGUCCAAAAAUUUAUCAGCUCGUCUCAAAAGAAUGGACUGCGGACAAAGGCUGUCCAUGUUCAUGGUCGCUUCCACACAUCAAAGCAUAUACCCGCGCUAGAUAAGCUGGUACAUUUUGUUUCAUUGCAUAGCGAGCUACAGUUUCCAGAUGCAAAACACUUGAUUGUUCCGCUUCGCGACACUUCUCAAGGCAAGGCCAUCACAGAGGGGAAUUUGGCCCGCUUCGCCAUUGAAAAUACUCUUGUCAAGGUCGCCGACUGGCACACUACGUUAAAGUCCGCGGUCCAGCAGCUGCCCAAGUCUCAUCGUACAGCUGGACUAGUCGGUUAUCCAAACAUUAUCCCGUCAUCAUUGUCGAAAGAUGAGGGUUUGAGAACGAUGACGCUCGGAAGUCCUGCAUGGACCAAUCCGAAACCAAACCACAAUAUCCCUGUGAAUGGUCAAAUUGACGGCAUCAAUAGUAUUGAGGCAGUCGAUGAAUCUCACGACUUGUCUCAGUACCCUCCCCAUUCUAUCGCCAUUGUGGGCAUGGCUGGGAGAUUUCCGGGUGCUGAUUCGGUCGACGAGUUGUGGGAUUUGAUCAUGGAAGGGAAAACAACAGUCCAGCCUGCGCCAACCCAACGCUUUGGUCUGCCAACUACCGGAGACCAUGCCAAUACCAAGUGGUGGGGUAACUUUCUCAACGACUCCGACGCUUUUGAUCACAAGUUUUUCAAAAAGUCAUCCCGUGAAGCCGUUUCCUGGGAUCCGCAGCAGAGGAUUUUACUCGAAGUCAUCUACCAGGCUUUGGAGUCUGCAGGAUACUUUGGCGUCUCAGCCAAGCCAGAGCCUCAUGACUAUGGCUGUUACAUCGGGGCGGUCAUGAACAAUUACUACGACAACCUCUCUUGUCAUCCAGGCACUGCGUACGCUACAGUAGGAACCUCGAGAUGUUAUCUGAGUGGAUGCAUGAGCCAUUAUUUUGGAUGGACCGGCCCGUCGUUGACGAUUGAUACUGCCUGCUCAUCGUCCCUGGUGGCCAUCAAUACUGCAUGUCGCGCAAUCUGGUCCGGCGAAUGCUCUCGAGCCGUGGCAGGCGGCACAAACGUGAUUACAAGCCCCUUUGACUAUCUCAACCUGUCCGCAGCCGGUUUCCUGAGCCCGUCUGGCCAAUGCAAACCUUUCGACGCUGGUGCCGACGGGUACUGUCGCGGCGAAGCUGUGUCGGUUGUCGUUCUGAAACCGCUUGCGGAUGCGAUCCAAGAUAACAACAAUAUCCUGGGAGUCAUUGUCGGUUCUGCUGCCAACCAAAACCACAACUUUAGCCACAUUACGGCACCGUACUCGGGGUCUCAGGUCGAGUUGUACCAAAAUGUUAUGAAACUCGGUGGCGUAGAACCCGAGUCAGUUUCCUAUGUCGAAGCCCAUGGCACUGGAACUGGCGUCGGCGAUCCUAUCGAGGUUCGCAGCAUCCGUGAUGCUUUUGGAGGUCCACAAAGAGAUUCAAUCCUUCAUUUUGGUUCCAUCAAAGGCAAUAUAGGCCACGCUGAGGCAUCUGCUGGCGUUGCCGGUCUGGUCAAGGUGCUCCUGAUGAUGCAGCACAAGAAGAUCACGGCACAAGCCAGUCACCAGUCCGUCAAUCCAAAGAUUCCGGCGUUUGACAAGUCGCAAAUGAAAAUCUCUCGAGGCAUCAUUCCCUGGGAGGCCCCAUAUCUACUUGCCUGUGUAAACAGCUACGGCGCUGCUGGCAGUAACUCGGCUGUAAUGGUGCGCGAAAAGCCAACUCGCAUCAGCAAACAACCAGCGUUGCUUCAUGCUUCAAAGUUCCCACUGUUUAUUUCAGCCGGAUCUGCCAACAGCGUGUCUCAAUACAGUAGAAAGCUGUUGGGUUGGCUGAAAAGUCGCCGAUCGGCAGGACAUUCAGACAGCCUUGCAGAGUUUGCUUUCAACCUUGCCGACAGAGGCAAUCAUCAGCUACCCCAUAUCCUGUCUACUGUCGUCAAUAGCAAAGAAGACCUCAUCGCCAAGCUCGAGCAAGCAUCAGCCGGUUCAGGAAUCAGCAGGCCUCUAGUGCCCAAGCCUGUAGUGUUAGUCUUUGCAGGCCAGGAAAGCGACUUUAUCGGUCUCUCAAAGCAUGUAUACACAUCCUCCAAGGUGUUCCGCGGACACCUUGAUGCCGUCAAUGACUUGCUGGUGUCUUCCAUGUCGAAAACCUUUUACCCUUCGAUAUUCGAUUCUUGGCCCAUUGAUGAUUUGGUGGUUUUGCAUUCGGCGCUCUUUGCCGUACAGUAUGCGUCUGCAAAAACCUGGAUCGAUAACGGGCUCAAGAUCGAUGCAGUCGUGGGUCACAGUUUUGGCCAACUUACAGCAUUAUGCAUAUCUGGAGUGUUAUCCCUUGCCGACGCUUUGAAGUUGGUGUCUGGAAGGGCCUCACUGAUGCAAAAGUACUGGGGUCCUGAGCCAGGCUCCAUGUUGUAUUUGGAAGCCGACCGCCUAACCGUCGAAGGACUCCUCGAUACCCUCCGUUCGCAAGACGACGGUCUGUAUGCUGAAAUCGCAUGCUACAAUGGCCCCAAGAGCCAUGUUGUAGUGGGCUCUUCGAGAGCCAUUGAGGUUCUACAGCGAAAUGUCACAGGUGCGACACACCUUCAAGUGCGCACCAAGAAGCUCAAUGUGACCAAUGGAUUCCAUUCUCAAUUCACCGAGCCGCUGCUCUCGCAUAUCGGCGCCGUUGCCGCUGAAUUGGAAUGGAAACGUCCACAAAUCCAUCUUGAGAUGACGCUGGAGCAUGAAAGCAAAGAGGAACCCCAUCAUCAGAUGGUUGCACAGCACACGAGAAACCCAGUCUUCUACCAGCAAGCAGUACAGAGGCUCGCCAAUAGACUUGGAGAUUCGACAUGGAUCGAAGCGGGACGGGGCUCUUCGACGAUACAGCUGGUCAAGCAAUCUACAGCAAACUCUGACCGCCACGAGUUUCAUUCUCCUCAGUUGACUACAGACAAGGCACUGGAUGCACUGGCCGAAGUCACAGCCAAACUUUGGAAGAGCGGUCAUAUGGUUCAGCAUUGGCCAUUUAACAGAGCCGAAAAAGUCGCAUAUGAGCACCUCAGUCUGCCACCCAUUCAGUUCGAAAAGACUCGACACUGGCUUGGCUUCACUGGCAGACGCCAGUUUGAAGAACCCGCAGUAGAAAAUGUUGCAAAUAUUCCAGAAACGCACGAGUUACUCAAGUUUCUCGAGUUCCGCGACUCCUCCAAGACUGAAGCAGUGUUCAAGAUUGAUCCCCAAGCUGAUCGUUUUCAGCAAAUGCUGGGUGGGCACGUAAUGGCUGGUCAAACUUUGGCCCCGGCGUCUCUGUACUUUGAGAUUGCUGCUCGAGCAGCGCUCUUCCUCCAAAAUGACACGGAAGCGAAGACCUAUGUUCCCAGCACUGAGGACCUUUUGAUGAAAUCCCCAAUUGGCAAAAACAUUGCCAAAAAGAUUAUGCUAUCUCUGAAGAGGAUCAAUGACAACAGACAUCCCGAGUGGACCUUUACUAUCACCACGCAAGACAUGGAGACUCGAUCAGCCGAGCCAUUCGAGCAUGCAAGCGGCAAGGUCUACCUCAAGAACCGCGAUGAUAAGCAGGCGGCAAGAGAGCGCCAACGUAUCGAGACGCUCACUGGGCAUCGGCGGUACAAGGAGGUGAUUAACCACCCUGACGCAGAAAAGAUGCGAGGACACCACAUCUAUCGUGCGUUCAGCACCGUAGUCUCAUACGGGGAGUCAUUCCGCGGCAUCAAGGAGGUUGCUUGCGUCGGCUCCGAGGCUGCAGGAAAGGUCCGCAUCACGCCCUCGGCGGAGGACCCAAUUGAUCAACGGCUUUGCGACACGCCAAUGACGGACAGCUUCAUGCAAUUCGCCGGUUUCUUGGUCAAUUAUUUUAAUAAUCCCAGCACAGAAGAUGUGUUUGUCUGUAUGCAGAUUGAGCAUAUCGAGAUUGCCGGAGGAUUUGAUCCCAAUGCCGGAGAGUGGCUUGUCUACGCGACCAUGGGUGAGGGCGGAGAGACUGCAGAUGCCACGGCCGAUGCUUAUAUCUUUGACGCCAAGACCAACAAGCUGGUUAUGACUGCCCUGGGAUUCAGGUUCUCCAAAAUGUCACAAAGUUUGUUGGCCCGAAUGCUAAAGAGUGUCAACAAGUCCGCGCUUCAGCAACCCCAAGAGGUCCAGCAAAAACCAUCUUCUCGCUCCGAGAUAGAAUAUGUGUCUGAACAAAAGCCAAAGAAGGUGUCUCAAGAUUCGCCAAGUGUUGUUACGGGAAAGCGAACAGAGCUUCUCCAGAUCCUGUCCAACGUCACUGAUUUCGCCUUGGACGAUCUCAAGGAUGACGCGACAUUGGAAGAACUUGGCGUAGACUCGUUGAUGGCCACAGAAGUGCUCAAUGAUAUUCGCUCAAUCUUGGGUCUAACUAUCGACUUGUCAACUUUCCUGUUCUUGCCAAAUAUUCGAGGCCUCAUCGACCAUGUCAACGACAAGCUUGGCCUUGUCGCCGGAGGUGAAGGUACACUCCACGAAGCAUCGUCCAGCGAGGACUCUAGCUUUUCGGACUCGGCUUCAAUCGAGAACGGAGAUGGGUACAGGACACCAUCAACACCGAUUGAUGAAUUCUUGAAGCCUGAAGAGCAACGGCCUACAAUCACUUCGGCAGCCGCCGCUUUUGAGGAAUCGCGCCUCGCUUAUGACCGCUUGGCCACGAUUACACAGGCCACCGAUUUCUGGGAAAAGGCAUACCCUCAUCAAGCCCGACUGGUACUGGCAUACGUCGUCGAGGCAUAUGCCGACCUCGGCUGCGACAUGCAUAAGCUGCGAGAGGGGGAUGUGGUGCCCCAGGUCGAUGCUGCCCUCGCCAAGCACAAGCAGCUCGUGCGUCAGCUCUACCGCGUCCUGGAAGACGGCAAACUCAUUACCUCGCACAACGACGGAACAUUCAUGCGAACCGGCGUUCAAGCCGACUCGUCUUCUGCGGAAUCCAUUUACCAUGAAAUCAUCGACCUAUAUCCGCAGCACGCCAGCGUGAAUAAGCUGGUCCGGGCAGUAGGAUCUGAACUGGCUCCGUGCCUGCGGGGUGACAAGGAGGGCCUCCAAGUUGUGUUUGGCAGUCGAGACAACAAAAAGACACUUGAGGAAAUGUACGAGUUCUCACCACUCAUGCGGACUCCCACGCUCGUUCUCGGCGAGUUUCUAGAAAAGGCCCUGACAAGGGCAACCGGCAGAGGCAAGUUCCGCAUCCUCGAGAUCGGAGCUGGUACCGGUGGCACGACGCGCUACAUUGUCAAUCACCUCCAGAGCUUGGGCAUUGAGUUCGAGUACACGUUUACGGACCUUGGUGCUUCUCUCGUCAAUGCCGCGGCCAAGAAGUUCAAGGGGGUUCCCGAGGUGUCUUUUGAUGUGUUGGACAUUGAGAAACCACCAAAGCAAGAGUACGAGGGCGCGUUCCAUUGCAUUAUUGCGACCAAUUGCAUCCAUGCUACAAGGAACCUAGACGUAUCGCUUGGUAAUAUCCGAAAGAUGCUCCGAGAUGAUGGAGCCUUGACCUUGAUCGAGAUUACUCAGAACAUGUUUUGGUUGGAUAUUGUGGUUGGGUUGCUGGAAGGGUGGUGGCUCUUUGACGAUGGCCGUGAGCACGCACUCGUCGACGAAAAGCACUGGGAGCGCAGGAUGAAGGGCGCAGGGUUUGAGCAAGUCUCGUGGAGCGAUGGUCUCUCACCAGAGUCAAAGACAGUACGGGUCAUUGCCGCCUUUCCGACUGGCAAUACAGUCCCCGACAGACCCGUAAAGGCUGCAGUGGAGACUGUGGUCUACAAGAAGAUUGACGAUCUCGAAAUUCAGGCUGAUAUCUACUAUCCCACUGAAAUGGAGAUUCCGGACAAGGGUCUUCCAGUUGCGUUGAUGAUCCAUGGGGGUAGUCACAUGUUGUUCAGCAGAAAGGAUGUCCGACCAGCACAAACACGUCUCCUGAUGCGGAAGGGAUUCUUGCCCGUCAGUCUGGAUUACCGGCUUUGUCCUGAAGUGCCCCUUCAAGAGGGUCCCAUGACAGACGUAUGCGACGCUCUCGAUUGGGCGCGCAACAAAUUGCCCAACAUUCAACUACCGCGCCGCGGAUUGAAGAUUGAUGGAGACAGAGUCGUGGUCGUGGGAUGGUCGUCUGGAGGACAGCUGGCCAUGUCCCUGGCUUGGACUGCGCCAGCGCGAGGUCUUCGUCCUCCCGAAUCCCUGCUCAUCUUUUAUGCGCCGACCGACUACGAGGACGAAUGGUGGCAGCAUCCCAUCCAGCCCAACGGAGCGGCGUACCAGGGCCAGGAGUACGACGUUCUUGACGGUGUCCGGGACAAGCCCCUCACCAACUACGACAUGGUCGGAGCGUGGGAGGAGCCCAUUUCGGACCCGCGGAGCUGGCACGAUGCGCGAUGCCGCAUUGUAUUGCACAUUAAUUGGAAAGCACAAACACUGCCCGUCAUUCUCAACGGGCUGCCGAGCAAGCAAAAGGCGAAUGCCGAAUGCUCUGCUGACAAGCAACAAGAUUGGGGCGCCCUCCCCCAGCCGUCGCUCGACGUUAUUAGGGCCGCCAGUCCGCGGGCUCACAUUAGACAGGGCGACUACAAGGUGCCAACGUUUUUCGUGCAUGGUACGAGUGACGAUCUGAUCCCGUGGCAGCAGAGCCGUGGAACCUUCCAGACUCUGGCCGAGAAGGGUGUCGCAACGGAUCUCGUUCUCCUCGAUGACGGGCCCCAUAUCUGUGACCUGAGUAGCGACCCGAGGUCUGACGGCUGGAAGGCAGUUCUAAAGGGUUAUGACUUUCUUAUUUCUCACUCUGAAUAG